CCUGCCUGUCCUGGCACAGUCCCGUGGCACAUACAAACCUGGACGUGGGGGUUCUCCAAAGAGGAGAGGCAUCCGUCCGUCCGUCAGACAGCCGAUGAAAGAACGAAUGAAUGAAUGAACGAAAGAGGAGGAAGCUUCCUUCCACACAUCGAUCGCAGUGAUAGCACACAUGCACUUUCUAUCUACAGCAUGGAUCGUGAAAUGUAUGUACCAUCAGGCAGUCCAUCACAUAGCCCGCACCGUGCCAUCCUGUUCACACAGCUGGGUGUUAGUUACACCAACACACGAAGGCCGUCACAUCUUUGCGAGGCCCAUCAAAAUGACGCCCGCCGACUGUAGCGUUAUGGCUGGUACACACACACGCACACAGAGAGAGGGAGAGGGAGGGAGAUGACAGGUGAGCAUCGAUCGGUGGGUGUGCAUACCAGUCCAGAAGCAGACCACGUUCACUUUGCCGUGGAUCUCCUUGAAGACGAAGAAGGCAAUUAAGGCAGCCACCACCACCUGCAUACGCACACACGCAUCCACCAAAGAAUCAAGUCCGUGUGCAGUGCACCUACACGCGUAAGCAUUCCCUCCCUCCCAUGUCAUGUAUGGCAUGGCAUGUGUACCUACGUACCGGUCCGAUUGCACAGAGGAUGUAGCCAAAGGUGUAGCCAAGCCGGGGAAGCACCAGCAACUGACCUGGUGGAGCCAGCCAUACACACACGCACACUCAUCCAUCUGUCCAUCCAUCCAUUCAUCCCUCUGUGAAAGCGUACAUGCGUUUCCGACGGCCCAAAUGACCCCUGCCAGCCACGCGGGUCGGAUCACAGUGUGCGGCACCCUCCUGCUCUGCACCAGCGCCACGGCCGUGUACAGCAGAUACAGCAGCUGCGCCGUCGCGUAGAUGCCCAGCACCUGCACACACACACACACACAGAGAGAGAGAGAGAGGGAUGCAACACCACACGUGGCCAUGUGUAUGUUUCAGCAGUGCAGCCUCCCUCCCUCCCUCCGUCCCUCCCUCCCACGCACAUGGGAGAGCAUGAACCCCAGUGAGUCUCUGGUGGUGAGAGCUUUUCGCUUGUGCAUCCAGAUGUCGUACGGCAGCAUAUUCAGACCAGCUGUGAAACCUGUUAGUUAACAUACACACGACACGCAUGCAUCCGUGACCUGACUGACCAUAUAUUCACUUACUGUGUCUGUCCUACCACCCACCCACCCACACACUUACCAGCCAUGACUCCAACCGACACCCCCCAGACCUUCCCCCAGUCUAACCGCCACCUGCACACACAACACACGGGACGCAACACACAUCACGCCACAGACAGGUCAUAGAUGACAUGUACUGUGGCGAUGCGUGCCUCGUGGGACUCUGAUCUGGCAGAUCGUCCCUGUGGUUGUCCACAUGGCCGUGUGGGUGGGGCAUCCACUUGUCCCUAUCACCUGCACACACACACACACAACAUCUCAGCAAGAUACGGAUGAAGGAUCGUACACACGCACCGAUUGGAAAGUGGGAGUGUCCCUCUUUCCCCGUCAGGGCCGUCCGCAGCACCGGCGAUGCCGCACCGCCGUCGGACAUGGGGUUGGCGCCAUUGGCCAUGGUGGUCAUGUCGACAGUGGUGGCGCUUCGCUGGUGCUCCUCGAUCAGCGGAUCUACCAGCUGCUGCUGCUGCUGCCGCUGUUGCUGCGCUGACUGGGGCAUUGCCGGCAUCGGCAUUGGGUGGUCGAACGUCUCGAGUCGCUUCAUUCUGUUUCUCUCGAGUGCGGGCUCAACGACCAGAGUGAACAGGAAGGACAGCAGCAGAAGCGCCAGGCCGACAUCACUCAGCCACGGAACCCUUAUCGUCUCCUUUGGAGCACCCAGGAAACCUACACACACACACACACACACACACACACAGGCGCACACGUUGAAUGUCCAAAUGCGCCAUUGGUCGAUCGCUGACCGACCGACUCUGCCGACGAGGAAUCCGAUGAGCAGGUUGACAGCGUGGUAGAGCGUGAACCCCAGCCCCAGUCCAAGGAACCUGACGGUGGGCAGCACCAGGUAGUUGCUGACACCCCAGAAGGCACCGCCCAGCAGCCCCGGCAGCAGAAUCGGCAGCGGGAAACCUGUGAAUGAAUGAAUGAAUGGAUCUGCGUUUGUUUGCAUCUUAGCUCAGCUGAGGGUUUUCUCACUCACUUAGGCACAGGUUGAUGAUGAAUCCUGUGAUGAGGAUGCCGCCUGCCAUGUGGUAUUGGAACAGGCUGCCGUCGUGGAUCUCGUACUUCUUCACCUGCAGACAGACAGGCGCAAAGGAAGGAGCAGACAGACAACCACACACACACACAUGAAUGAAUGAUCUCGGUGCUCGUCCAUGGAGGGCGCGGCUUACUGGGACGUAUUGGAUGCCAAACAUGACGCUUGCAAGCAGCCCGAGCAGCAAACCAACACCGUCCAUGAGUGGGAG